UCACUUCCUCUCCAGGAGCUAGUGGAGUAAAGCUACGCCCAGGCCCGCGUCCGCUCGCGCAGGAACUUCAGCACCCGCGGAGCGGACAGCGCCCGCUGCACCUGCUCACCUGCUCUAGGCCCGCUGGAGCAUCAUCUCCAGGCCAGCACAACUGCAGGCCUCCCAGCUCCUCUCUCUCCCCGCGCUCCGGCUCCUGUCCCUGCCAGCUUCUUACACCCCUUCUCAUUCAUAACAAAAGCUACAGCUCAGGGGCCCAGCGCCAAGCUGUUUCCAGCAGAGAGCAGAGGGAGCAAGGAAGAAUGGGGUUCCUUUGGACCGGCUCUUGGAUACUGGUGUUGGUGCUCAAUAGCGGCCCAAUACAAGCUUUCCCCAAACCUGAAGGCAGUCAAGACAAAUCUCUGCAUAAUAGAGAACUAAGUGCAGAAAGACCUUUGAAUGAACAGAUUGCUGAGGCAGAGGCAGACAAGAUUAAAAAGACAAACUCUCCAGAAAGCAAGCCAAGUGAAAGAAAUUAUUCUUCUGUCGAUAACUUGAACCUGCUAAGGGCGAUAACAGAAAAGGAAAAACUUGAGAAAGAAAAGCAGUCUAUAAGAAGCCCCCCAUUUGGUAACACACUGGACGUGGAAGAUGUUGAUUCAACUAAAAAUCGAAAACUGAUUGAUGAGUACGAUUCUACAAAGAGUGGACUGGACCAUAAAUUUCAAGAUGACCCGGAUGGCCUGCAUCAACUGGAUGGAACCCCUCUAACUGCUGAAGACAUUGUCCACAAAAUUGCUACCAGGAUCUAUGAGGAGAACGACAGAGGAGUGUUUGACAAGAUUGUUUCUAAACUGCUGAAUCUCGGCCUAAUCACUGAAAGCCAGGCACACACUCUGGAAGACGAAGUAGCAGAGGCUUUACAAAAAUUGAUUUCAAAAGAAGCCAACAAUUACGAGGAGGCCCUGGAUAAACCCACAAGCAGGACCGAGAAUCAGGCUGAGGCCCUGGAUAAACCCACAAGCAGGACCGAGAAUCAGGCUGAGGCCCUGGAUAAACCCACAAGCAGGACCGAGAAUCAGGCUGAGGCCCUGGAUAAACCCACAAGCAGGACCGAGAAUCAGGCUGAAAAAAUAUCAGAGAAAGUGACUCCAGCGGCAGCCGUGCACGAUGGCUUUGCUAACAGAGAAAAUGAUGAGACCGUAUCUAACACUGUGACCUUGUCAAACGGCUUGGAAAGGAGAACCAACCCGCGCAGUGAAGAUGACUUUGAGGAACUCCAGUAUUUCCCCAACUUCUAUGCAUUACUAACGAGCAUCGAUUCAGAAAAAGAAGCGAAAGAGAAAGAAACCCUGAUCACUAUCAUGAAGACGCUGAUCGAGUUUGUGAAAAUGAUGGUCAAGUAUGGCACUAUAUCUCCAGAAGAAGGCGUUUCCUACCUUGAAAACUUGGAUGAAACAAUUGCUCUGCAGACCAAGAACAAGCUGGAAAAAAACAGCACUGACAGCAAAAGCAAGCUUUCCCCAGUGCCAUCAGAGAAGAGUCACGAAGAAACCGACAGCACCAAGGAAGAAGCCGCCAAGAUGGAAAAGGAAUAUGGAACCCUGAAGGAUUCUACGAAAGAUGCUAACUCCAACCUCGGAGGAAAGACAGAUGAAGCCAAAGGGAAAACAGAAGCCUAUUUGGAAGCCAUUAGAAAAAACAUAGAAUGGUUGAAGAAACACAACAAGAAAGGCAACAAAGAAGAUUAUGACCUUUCAAAGAUGAGGGACUUUAUCAACCAGCAAGCUGACGCUUACGUGGAGAAAGGCAUCCUCGAUAAGGAAGAAGCCAAUGCCAUCAAGCGAAUCUACAGCAGCCUGUGAAGACGCCAGGCAACCUGAGCCUAUCAGCUGUUCCAGCAAAAACAAUAUAGCUUAAAAACUAAUUCGGCAGUUAAAGAUUUACCCUCCCAGGAGUAUUAGAAUGUGCUGAAUUUACAGUAGUUAAUCCCUUAGAAAUGGGUAAACUAGAGAUCUCUUGCCAUAAAUUCCUUAUGAAAAGUAAAGCAUACGUAAGCUGAGGUUUGUGUAUAUAGAGUCCGUAUUUCUUCUUGGAUUUACACUUUAUAGUCAGAGAUGUGCUGCUCUGGAAAAGCCUCGAAUGGGUUGAACUAAGUCUGAACCUUCUUCCCACUGUCUUAUGCUCCCUGAAGACCUGAGAAUUCCUGUUUCUAGGCAUGCUGGACACCUGAGCCCUGUGUCGGGUGUUUGUUACAUGAUGCUUCCGCUAGCGGUUCUCUGUUGGGCAUUGGAAUAAACCAAUUUCUUCAUAGCCUU